GCAGAAAUUUCAUUGAUCACAAGAAUUUCCACGUUCCAAUGCGGUUUUUGAGGGUAAUGUCAACUUUCAUCAGGCUGCAUCCCAUUUCUCUCCCAAGUUUGGCAAUUUAAACGAUCGAAUGGCAGAGGACAAAGUGACCGAAGACAUGUCCAGUGUCCAGAUUACGGCGAGUGCUGAAGACGAGGACGUGGUCGACCCGUGGAACGUGACGAGCAAGUCUGACACUGGCAUCGAUUAUGACAAGCUCAUAAAGAGAUUUGGUAGCUCCAAAAUCGACGCCGCCGUCAUUGAGCGGUUCGAGAAGGUCACAGGGCACAAGGCCCACCCUUUUCUCCGCAGAGGCAUCUUUUUCUCGCAUCGAGAUUUGAACACCAUCCUCACCGCCCAUGAACAGGGCAAGCCCUUUUACUUGUACACAGGGCGAGGGCCAUCAUCUGCAGCUAUGCACCUAGGGCACCUCAUUCCCUUUAUCUUUACAAAGUGGCUUCAGGAAGUUUUUGAUGUUCCUUUAGUAAUCCAACUGACUGAUGAUGAGAAGACUUUGUGGAAAGAUAUCAAACUGGAAGAGGCUAUAAGGUUGUCCUAUGAAAAUGUGAAGGAUAUCAUUGCCGUAGGUUUUGACCCAGAAAAGACUUUUAUCUUCUCUGAUCUUGAGUUCAUCGGGCAAUGCCCUGCGUUUUACCAGAAUAUGGUUCGAGUCCAGAAGUGCGUAACCUUUAACCAAGUAAAGGGGAUUUUUGGUUUUGGAGACAGCGACGUUAUUGGAAAAAUUAGUUUUCCAGCAAUUCAAGCAAGCCCUGCAUUUUCAACGUCAUUUCCCUUUAUUUUUGGAAAGGCCAAGCUCCCUUGUCUCAUCCCCUGCGCUAUUGACCAGGACCCUUACUUCCGCAUGACCCGAGACGUGGCGCCUCGAAUUGGAAUGCCCAAGCCGGCCUUGAUGCAUUCCACCUUCUUCCCUGCCCUGCAGGGUGCCCAAACCAAAAUGUCCGCAAGUGAUGAUAACACUGCAAUCUACCUGACAGACACACCCAAGCAGAUUAAAAAUAAAAUAAACAAACAUGCUUUCUCUGGAGGUUGUGCAACCGUUGAAGAACACAGAGAAAAGGGUGGUAACUGUGAUGUCGACAUUUCUUAUCAGUACUUGACCUUCUUCUUAGAUGACGACGACAAACUGAUGCAGAUUAAAAUAGAUUAUACAAGUGGCGCAAUUCUUACUGGCGAGUUGAAGAAAGAACUGAUCACAAUCCUGACAGCUCUGGUUGGGGCACACCAGGAAAGAAGAGCAAAAGUUACCACCGAGGUCAUAAAACAAUUUAUGGAGAUUCGAAAGCUCAAGUACAACUACAGCUGAGAAUUUUCUGUUUAAUACGCAAUUUCAUUUCACACCUGAAUUUUUAGGUAAUUUUAAAUUAUUAAAAAAAUUUCAGCUCCUUGUCAUUGGUUGCUUAAGCCUAGUUUUUUGCAGCCACCAUUUUGCAUAUUUUGCAAAUAAAUUUGUUGAAAA